UGUGCAGUCAAUCAUAUGGGUAAUGAUAGUACGAAAGGGAGAUGCGGUUUGCUCGUCGAGUGGCAUCCUCGUUAUCAUAUCUGCCGACAACGAGCACUGGCAGGCCGGGGAAGUUCGCGGGUGGGGCUAACUGGCGCUCCGCCUUCGUCCGCCACGCCCUCUAGUGCGGUCGCCGUCCGUAACUAGCAUUGUUGAUGUUGAACAUGCCGCGACCUUCGCGCGGUCUCUACGACGAUCAAAAACCACCGUACUCCUAUAUUUCGUUAACAGCUAUGGCGAUCUGGAGCUCGCCGGAGCGCAUGCUGCCGCUGUCGGAGAUCUACCGGUUCAUCACGGACAGGUUCCCGUACUACCGGCGCAACACUCAGCGCUGGCAGAACUCGCUGCGGCACAACCUCUCGUUCAACGACUGCUUCGUGAAGGUGCCGCGCCGUCCGGACCGGCCCGGCAAGGGCGCCUACUGGACGCUGCAUCCGCAGGCCUUCGACAUGUUCGAGAAUGGAUCGCUGCUCAGAAGACGUAAGCGCUUCAAGCUGCAGAAGAAACAGAAAGACGACUUGAGCGCAGAAUUGGCGGCAUUAAUUAAUUUCAAUCGUGUAUUUCUUACGGAUCAGUCCAACAGGAUUCCAUCUUUGACAGAAAAAAUGUCAGAGGCGCCAUCAUGUAAAGAGAUCGAUUCUUAUAAAGAGUCGAUCAUUAUAGAGAAACCGAAAAAAUCUUUUUCUAUAGACAGUUUGUUAAGUGACGUUCGUGUGGAUGAAUCUGGUAAUGGAGCUGAUACUAUCAAUGGGAUUACCACAUGGACACCAUUACAACAAGACUUUUUAGCAAUGGCGAUGGUAACGUGGCCGAUUCAUUUGCAAGUUUCCAUGUUCGGACAUUUACAGUUUGGUUCACCUUUGAGUAGUUUGCAGGAUUUUUAUCGAUACGCUUCGACAGAGCCACGGUAAUGUUAUUUACAAUGCCUGUUAUUAAAAUCUUGUAGGUAUUUACUUAAGAUAGAUACGUAUUUUUGCAAGCGCUGUGAGUUUUGUGUAAUAUUUGAUGAUUUUAAUUGUAAAGCAAGUACCUACCUACCUAAUAUCUAAGUUGCCAAUAGUUGGAUGUCUAACACGAGCGUUUGUUACAGUGGAAUUGUAUAUAAAUAUUUUUAUUUAGAAAAUUAAGUAGGUAUGUUCAGAUCAGAAAUUUAGGUAUGUAUAAGAAAUUGUAG